AUGUCCGCCCUUCUAGGAUCAGCAUAUGACUCGAGCGACGACGACCAGAGCCCCGUGGAACGCCCUUCUCGGCAAAAGCCCGCAAUAAACACCGCACCAAACGCAUCAACAGAGGUUUGGUCUUUGUUCACCAGACGAUGUGCUGGUCAGUCUAACGCGGCGCAGGAUGUGUCGCAAAUGCAAGUCAUGUUGGCGAACCCUUCUAGCAACGCGCUCACUUAUAAUGUCACCUACGACAACCUUGCCCGCCCCGCCCAGGGUCCAGCAAAUCCAUUCAAGACUACGGCCGCCAAUGCCCUCAAACGGAAGAAUGUCCUCACCGGAAAUGCAGAGGAGACAUCGAUGUCGGAAGCCGCAUUCAAGACGCAGCACAGGACAUAUCAGAGCCUAGGGUACACCAAGGAUCCCACGAUGAACGGUUCAUUUGUGGGCGAUCAGUCUGCCGUUGCCAAGUACGGCGGCAGAGACGUCGUCCAGUUGCGCCACUCCAAGCAAGAAAGUGCCGCAAUUCGGGCGAAGAGGCAGAAAAAGGGAGACAGCAGCAUAGUCGAUGGUGAAGGCGCAUAUCUCGGUCCUUGGGCAAAAUAUCAAAGCGACGAUGUUGCUUAUGAGCAAGCAGAAGCCGCGGCGGAUCAAGAACUUGCCUCAGACGAGGAAUGGGUGGAGGAGGGCAUCGUACCUACGCCGCUGCCUGCUCCUCCGAAGGAAGCCACUGGAUAUUCCGACGAUUCAAAUGCUGCUGAGACGACCGAAUUUCACGGCGCUUCAGAAUUGGAUUACCAAGGACGGACGUACAUGCACGUACCUCAAGAUCUGGACAUCGACCUUCGCAAAGAACCGGGUUCGAUACAAAAUUACGUGCCGAAGAAGCUUAUACACGUCUACAAGUACCACACGAAACCAAUCACCUCGUUGCGAUUCAUCCCGAAAUCGUCGCACCUACUACUUUCGUCGUCCGCAGACGCAAAACUCGCUUUGUGGGAUGCUCAUCACGACCGGACCCUCCUCCGCACGUUUUCGGGCCACAACAAGGCGAUCACAGACACCGAUUUCCACCCCUCGGGACAAUCUUUCUUGUCCGCGUCUUAUGACCGGCAGAUGAAACUUUGGGACACAGAGACCGGAAAAUGUAUAUCCCGGUUCACCACGGGCAAAACGCCACAUACGCUGCGCUUCCACCCCGAGGGCAACGAGUUCAUCGCUGGCAUGGCCGACAAGAAGAUUGUCCAAUUUGACAUCCGGUCGGGCGAAUUGACGCAAGAAUACGACCACCAUCUCGGCCCCAUCAACACACUCACAUUUGUCGACGAGGGACGAAGGUUUAUCUCCACAUCCGACGAUAAAUCUCUCCGUGCUUGGGAAUAUGGUAUCCCCGUACCUAUCAAAUUCAUUGCGGAUCCGUCCAUGUACGCGCUCGUGCGCGCCGCGCCUCACCCAUCUGGGAAAUACGUCGCAUUCCAAUCUGCCGACAACCAAAUCGUCGUGUAUGCCGCGGGAGACAAAUUCCGACAGAAUCGGAAGAAGGGCUUCAGAGGUAUGAACACCAGCGGUUACGCUAUCGAUGUGGCCAUAUCCCCGGACGGCGGAAUCAUUGCAAGCGGCGAUUCCGGCGGGUAUGUGUGUUUCUGGGACUGGAAAACGGGAAAGAUGUGGCACAAGAUCCAAGCCGGAGGCGAAGGGGCGGGUGCAGUGACGUGUGUGGCAUGGCAUCAACACGAGAGUAGUAAAGUUGCGACAGGUGGACUGGACGGAAUGAUCAGAUAUUGGGAUUAA